AUUUAAUAAAAUUUAUUUAGAAUUGAAUUGGUUUAAAUAUGUAUGAUGCAAUUGUUUUUAGUCGAAUAUAUUAUAUUUUUUUGAUAAGUGGUUUAUUAACAGUAAGAAUUAUUCCAUCAACGAAACGAUGGUUAUAUUAUGGGAAAAUAUUGGAAUGUAUAGAUUAUAAAGGGAAGAUUAAGUGGCCAAUAUCAUGUAUAAUGGUUCCUAAGAAAUAUUUUAUACAUUUCUAUAUAAUUUCUAUUUUAUCUACAUGUUUUUGGACAAUUGGAAUAUAUUUUUGUCGUUUUUGUAAUAAGUGCAAUUGGAUUGGAUAUUUUUCUAAUAAUAAGACACAAUCAUUGUUUGAAGUGUAUAUGUGUUUGUUAUUUAUGGGUCUUCAUGGAAUUAGACGUUUUUAUGAAUGUUUGGUUAUUGAAAAGUAUAGUAAUUCUCAAAUGUGGAUAGGACAUUAUCUUUUAGGCUUAACGUAUUAUUUAUUUUGUAAUAUAAGUAUGUGGUGUGAGGGUGGAGGCAAUUUAAAAAAUCUAGCUAUAAGAGUUUUUGAUUUUGAAGACAAUUCAGUGAUUGUUGUUUUUUUUUCUAUUUUGUUUUAUUGUUUUUUUUCUUGGAUGCAACAUUCUAGUCAUAUUACUCUUUCAAAACUUCGUAUACACCCUAAUUCACCUAAAUAUUCUCUCCCUACUUCUGGAUGGUUUAAAUACAUAACAUGUCCUCAUUAUACUGCGGAAAUAGGUAUUUAUUUUAGUUUUGUUGUAUUAACUCGUGCUCAAAAUAAAACAAUAUUUCUUAUUUUUAUAUGGGUUAUUCUUGUUUUAACAAUAUCUGCUUCUCAAACAUAUACUUGGCGCUUAAAAACAUUUGGAAUGCAUGCUCCUCAUUCUCCUUGGAUUAUUUUUCCUGGUAUUUAUUGAUAGUUAUUUUUUCUAUAUACAUCUUUCUUAUAUAUUUAUAUUUAUA